UCAGACUUCAGAGAAGCCCAAACCCAAGACAACACAGAAGAAAGAGUAAGAGAGAGAGGGAAGCAGUAUGGAAUUAGAGACAGUCCAAGCCAUUGCCUUUUCGUCCAUGUCCGCGGGCACCAUCCCUCCCGAGUUCAUAAGGUCUGAGAAAGAGCAACCUGCUAUCACAACCUUUCAUGGGUAUAUCCCGCAAGUCCCCACCAUUGAUCUCAGUGACCCAGAUGAGGAGAAGCUCACGCGUUUGAUUGUCGAGGCCAGCAGCGAGUGGGGGAUGUUCCAGAUUGUGAACCAUGGCAUUCCCAGUGACGUUAUCAGCAACUUGCAGAAAGUUGGCAAGGAGUUCUUUGAGCUCCCACAAGAGGAGAAGGAACUUUAUGCUAAGCCUCCUGACUCCAAGUCUAUUCAAGGCUAUGGAAGCAAGCUUCAAAAAGAAGUGGAGGGCAAGAAAGCUUGGGUCGAUCACCUCUUCCAUAACAUCUGGCCUCCUUCUGCCAUUGACUAUCAGUUCUGGCCUAAAAAACCACCUACUUACAGAGCUGCGAACGAGGAGUAUGCAAAGUGGCUGCAAGGGGUGGCAGACAAGCUGUUCGGUCGUCUGUCACUGGGGUUAGGUCUGGGAGAGGGUACGUUGAAGGAAAGCGUCGGAGGGGAUGAAUUGUUGUAUCUUCUGAAAAUAAAUUAUUACCCACCAUGUCCUCGUCCAGACCUGGCUCUUGGGGUGGUUGCCCAUACUGAUAUGUCCGCCAUUACCAUUCUUAUCCCAAAUGAAGUUCAGGGCCUGCAGGUUUUUAGAGACGAUCGUUGGUUUGAUGUCAAGUAUAUAUCCAACGCUCUUGUCAUUCAUGUCGGUGACCAGUUGGAGAUCUUGAGCAACGGAAAAUACAAGGCGGUGCUUCACAGGACGACCGUGAACAAGGAGAAGACGAGGAUGUCAUGGCCGGUGUUCUUGGAGCCACCGUCUGAUCAGGUGGUAGGGCCUCUUCCUCAGCUUGUCAACGAAGAGAAUCCUGCUAGGUACAAGACCAAGAAAUACAGUGAUUAUGUGUACUGUAAGCUGAACAAGAUUCCACAGUAGGUGAAGCCAGUGAGUGUUGAAUGGAUAAUGUAUUGCUUUGCCACUGAUAUUGUUCAACACACUAGAACAAUUGCUUUAUUUGUUGCUGCGUGAGAAUUAAGAAGAAGCUUUGUGAUCUGCUUUUUAGUUAGUUUUGGUGGUUGUAUGUGUCUUCAAGUUCCCGACCCUAUGCGAUUACCAGAUUUGCACUUAAUUCAAUAAAAUCUUUUAUCUA